GCAGAGCAGAGCAGACAGACAGACAGACCGCGAGCAUGAGCCGCUCUCUUCGGAUCUGACGCAUCGCGCCCCGCAGCAGCAGCCUCUUAUGGCCGCCGCGGGGAGCUGGUGAAGCCGCGGAGCCCGUGCCCACGGGGGACUCUUCUCAGCCCGGCUGUCUUUCCCCCGCUCCGCCGCACACCGCAGCCUCGCCCUCGCUCCCCAUGAAACACACGCUCUGGAGCGGCGCGAUGAUGUCCAGCAAAAGCGCGGAGUGGCUGCAGGAGGAGCUGCAGGGCGGCGGGGGGUCGCUGCUGCUGCUGGACUGCCGCUCACACGAGCUCUACGAGUCCUCGCACAUCGAGUCCGCCAUCAACCUGGCCAUCCCGGGACUCAUGCUGCGGAGGCUGAAGAAGGGCAACCUGCCCAUCCGCUCCAUCAUCCCCAACACCGAGGACAAGGAGCGCUUCGCGCGGCGCUGCAAGACGGACACGGUGCUGCUGUACGACGAGGCGGCGGCGGCCGCGGGAAGCGUGCUCGGGCUCCUCCUGCACAAGCUGCGGGACGACGGGUGCACCGCCUUCUAUCUGGACGGAGGAUUUAACAAGUUUCAGACUGAAUACCCAGAGCACUGCGAGACGAACCUGGACUGCUCCUGUCCGAGCAGCUCUCCUCCCGCGUCCGUGCUGGGUCUCGGCGGCCUGCGCAUCAGUUCGGACUGCUCUGACGGCGAGUCGGACCGGGAGCCGGGCAGCGCCAUCGAGUCCGAGGGCAGCCCGCUGCCCAGUAACCAACCAGCAUUCCCAGUCCAGAUCUUACCCUAUCUUUACCUGGGCUGUGCCAAAGACUCCGCCAACCUGGACGUUCUGGGCAAGUACAACAUCAAGUACAUCCUGAACGUGACUCCCAACCUGCCCAACAUGUUCGAGCACGACGGGGAGUUCAAGUACAAACCAUGUGUGUGUGUGUGUGAUUUAGCACUCAAGGCUUGUCUGUUUGUGUUCUGUUCCUCAGAUGAAGCUCGUUCCAAAAAGUGUGGCAUCUUGGUGCACUGCCUAGCGGGCAUCAGUCGCUCGGUCACCGUCACAGUGGCGUACCUGAUGCAGAAGCUCAACCUGUCGCUUAAUGACGCCUACGACUUCGUCAAGCGCAAGAAGUCCAACAUCUCGCCCAACUUCAACUUCAUGGGGCAGCUUUUGGAUUUCGAGAGGACACUGGGGCUCAACAGCCCCUGCGACAACCGCUCGAUGCCCAACGACCAGCUCUUCUUCACCACGCCUACCAAUCACAACAUGUUCCAGCUGGACACGCUGGAGUCCACAUGAAGGCCAGCAGAGGAUGCUGGGUGGGAGCAGCCACCCUUUGAAUGCUUGUCUCCCAUCUCCAGGGGAGCUUUAGACCUGGAGGACAGGCCAGCAGCCGCGGCGAAGGGAGGGUGGUUAAGCACACGGGCCCCUCAAGCCCUCCGGUGGGUUUUAAUGCAGCUUUUCUUGCCUUCAUGGAACAGACUGUUCUUUUUUUGAUACACGAGAAGAAUCGCUAGACAUUUGCACAGCACUUCAGAGAAGGAAGCUUUGACGGCCAUGCGACGCCCUCAGCCUCCCCUCUCGAAGGGUGCCAACGUACCGUCUGGGAUUUAGCUGUUCUGACCGGAGGAGAAAUGUAGGCUUGGAUUGUUUUUUUUUUUUCUCCGAGCAAAGACCGAAGUGGCAUGACGGAGGCAUUACCAGUACAUGCAGUCUGUCUGUUUCUCUAUCUGUUUCCUCACUCGGACGAAAGGCGCAGAACCAUGUUGUCCAAAGUAGUGACGGAGUCGGUGACCGAACCCACACAAACAUUGCGAGCCCUCCCCGUCUUUAUUUUCUCUCUCUCCCGCUCUAUGUUUGCAAUGACCUAAUGCGUUUUGCACAGUGGCUAAGCCUUUCACUUCUUGGCACUUAAAAGCGGUACUCCAACACGCACAGAAAGAGACAUUCAGAGGUCCCACGGUGCUGCCAGUCCUAGGCUGUGACGCUCGGGACGACGCACGCACUUAAAGCUCAUUGUUCCUUAACUGCAAACGACAGAUCGACGUUUGUGUCCUAGCCAAGAGUCCCGACUUCUGGGCUCGCUCACCUUCUGGCCUUGGCGAUUCUCAUUACAGUAUGAAUGUAUUGUAUUAAGUUCUACGUAAGAGUAUAUCUAUUCUCUCGAUGUAUUUGAGCAUGCGAUCUUCUGGAGGCGCGGCACGUCACCGAAUGUUGAGGACUGUUUUUUUAACUACUCUUGCUGCUCUUGGGCGGCAAACAGUGUGUAGCGAGGGCAUUCCUGACCACGGGAACGAGUGACUGGACCUGAGUGGACGAGUGCUUGAGUUAACAGGGUUGCUUUAAGCUGGCCUUAUAUAACCUUUUUAAUUCUUUCCUACUCUGACUGUUCAAUACUCUCUUUGUAUCUCACUUUAGAAAUCGUUGUAUUAUCAAGACCUUUGUUCAUUUUUAAAGAAACAGAUAUGUAGUAGUAAUAAUAGACGACUAAUGUUCUUUAACGGGUCAGUCAAGGUUGUAUUUGUUACUCUGCAAUAUACUCAACAACCCUUUGCAGUAUUUUCUAGAAAAUGGCCUCGGGUUUUUGACUCCUCUACUUUUGAUACUAGAGAUCCACAGAGAUAUAGCUUGAAACGGAGGCAGCUUUUCACCCGGGGGGUCCGGAGCGCAUCUCACGCUGGGUGCUGGGCGCUCGCUCGCAUUUCAUCCGAUUCGAUUUUCGUAAUAUACAAUAUAUGUGCUAUAUACUGAUUCCUGUGGCCUUUUCAUAUGUCUCAAAAUAUAUAUAUAUAAUGUGUAUGUAUAUGUAACAUUAAUCUUGUGCAGAUAUGCAACAGUCAUCCUCUUAAUAAAUGUGUCCCUGCAGCACAAAAGCAGUGUUAAGUCGCUGGCGUAUAUUUGUAGCAAUAGCCAAA